AUGACGUUAUUGUUUGAGUUUUUUCCUAAAUUGACGCAAAAUCUUUCUCAUUUGCUUGAAGAUGUAGACGAUUCUGAUGUCAUCAUCAAAGUUGGAGAAAAACUGGGUUACGAAGAAUGGUGA